UCACCACCACCACCACUUCCACCGACACAUCCUCUCAGGAGUGAUGGGUUCUAAGUUGACCAGACAGAGAAGUCUCGAUUUUGAAAGCAAAUUGUCCAAGAGAAGACGGCAGAGAAAUGACAUCCCCGGAGAGAGCGAGAGAAGGGGCGGCGGAGACUUCUUGUUUACCUCCUUGAUGCUCAAGUCCGACAAGCUCCCAGGGAUGCUGCGGAAAACCAACCACAGCCCAUAUGUCAGGCGUGUGGCUUGGAUCCGGGAAAUCCAGAGGCUUCUCCGGGAGCAGAAGACGGAGCAAGCAGCUGAAGUGCUCAAAAUGCUGAGAAAGGACUUGGGCCUCCAGGGGACAUCACUCAAUGACAUUUUGUACAAGAACGCCGCUUUUCUCAACCUGGUGGACCCUAUUUCUCACGAGCUGCUGCUCAGUCUGGCUCGAGACCUGCAGUGUCCAAAGAGGGAGACUGACUCCCUCAAGUCCACGAACAAGAUCUGCCGCCAGCUGAUUUACCACCUGACCCCUCACUCCAAGUGGACGAGACAGAGCGUGCCUAGGAGGAAGUCUCAGGCCUGUCUGAAGACCACCCUGAAGAAGAAACUGUCAGGUGACGUGGUCAACCUGUCGGGCAUCCCACUGUCUGGUCGAGACGUCCACCGCGUAGCCUUCUACCUCCAGAGCAGCAGUGACGCGGUGUCGGCUGUGGACCUGAGCUUCACCGCGCUGCAGGAUGAUAGCUUACGGCUGCUGCUUCCUUACCUCAGCUGCCUGCCGAAACUCACCAUACUAGCUAUCAAUGGCAACCGUCUUACAGUGGCCAUCUUGAAAGACCUGACAGACAUAAUAAAAGAUCCCAAAAAGUUCCCCAGCCUGGCCUGGAUCGACCUGGGCAACAAUGUCGACAUCUUCACCGUACCGCAGCCGCUGCUCGUGGCCCUGCGGCGACGCUUUGGCUUACAGAGCAGCCUCCCCACCAUUUAUGAGUACAGUGAGGCGCAGGCAUUCAGCCGCUACAACCCAAACAUGGAGACAUCUGUGGAGGAGCCCAGUCUGUACGAUGAGGUAGAUGUAGAGGAAGAUGAUAGAGAGGAGGAGGAGGAGGACAGGCUGGAGCUUCAAGCCUGGGGCUUUGGAGAAGAAAACACGUCAAAAAAUGUGCCGCUGCAUUUCUGUGGGAGGUGAUCGCCUAGAGCUGCUUUCUUUUAGACUGGCAGCCCCUUAUAUCCCCCUGUAUCACCUCGCCCUCAGUCUAGCCUCCUGUGUUAUAGCGGGUGUCAUUGUGGCAGGAGAUGCUUACAUUGACCCACAUGUUUCUGAAAAUAACUUUAAAAUAAGCAACUGUGUAGUGUUUCCCUCUGGAUGCUCUGACUGCUGAAACCCAGCAAUGUGAUGUGGACCGCUCUGUGUUUGCACUGACAGUAAGAAUAUAUUUAUACGGAUUGAUUUGACCUUCAUUUAUCCAGGAGAAGUUGAACCGAACUGAUUGGGCUUGCUGUUUCCCAGUGCUUUAUGUUCCUAGAGUUUUGUGCUCUCAUACCUUGAAGCUUCCCAUUAUCUGUCACUGUCCACUGGAGCAGCUGGGGUUUAAGUGCCUUGCAUAAGGGCACCUCAGCAGUAGCUCUUGAGGGUAGGGGAGCAUUGCUAAUUCAUAUUCCCCCAAGCACAUUUUUUCUAUCUGGUCCAGCCUCUGUAACAACUUUGCCCCUGCUGCCCCAUUUCCGUGAGAGGUCUGAAUAAAAUAACUUACUUGACAAAUCGAUCAGUUUAAUUUCAGCUGAUGUUUUUUGCUAUGAUAUAAAUAUAUUUUUAGUCAGAAAUCAGCAGUGCUGUUAGAUUAUGUUCCAGUUCUUCCUGUUGGGACACAGCAUUUAUUCAGGAAUAGUUUUUAAAACUGGUGACUUACAGUAAGUAAACAAAACAUACUCAAUCCAUUUUAAUUCGAAUUCAAAGCGUCGAUGCUUCAGUACAUGUUGAUUUACUGAUGCUGCAGCUGGUAUUGAGAAAAGCCUCAGCCUGAUAACACACAUGCAGGCAUGCAGACGGCACGCACAGCGUUCGGGGCGUGAGCUGCUGAUGAACUGAUUACUGCCUCCAUCAGGUCUCGUUAGGCCCCUUCAGUCACAGAUGGCGAGCAGGAGAUCUAUUUUUUUCCCAGCAAAUAGGACUAGCCCCAGAUAAUUUCGUCCACUGGUGGUUCAUGAAUGAUUCUAUUUAUGAAUCAGACCAUGAGCAAUGAGAAAGGUGCCCACUCUGAUUUUAAAGGCAUACGCAGCAAUGACGAAGAAACAAUUGCAAUAUAUCAGUUUAAUAAUUCAUCUUCUCCUCUGUGGUGCUAUAGUCUGCACAUAAAACUGUUUUUGUGGCAUGAAUAAACAGCAGCAGUUUCUUUUUGACUAGUCUGUUUUUUAGAUGUGCAGUUGUCAUCUUUUUGGGUUUUUUUUUUUUUUUUUUUAAAUGGGCAUGACUGUUUACUGUAAUGCAACAUCAAACCCCACAGACAGAGCAUGUUUAUAUGUACAGUAAUACCCCACAAAAUUUCUGAUUUUUUUCUCCACAAAAUUCCACACUUUAUCCCGCCUACAGAUAUGAAUGCGGUUUGUUCUCUUUCCAUGCUAUUAUUCAGGAAAAUCAGUUUAUUUGUGUUUACAGGGGAACAGGACGCUUGGUAUGCAUGUAUGUAUGUGUGUGUGUGUGCGUGUGUGUCUAUGAGAGAGCAUAAUUAGAGUGUGCGCCUGUGUGCAUGAAUGUGUUCUGGACAGAGUAAAUUACUACCUUUGAUCGUAGAAAUGAAAUGUUUACUCAUUUGCACUUUAAGGACGACUCAGUCCCUGAAUACACAAGCUUUGUUUUUAUGGGUUGUUGCUGACAUAAAAACAUAUUGAGACACUCACAUCCUCAAUUUUUUAAAUCUUUUAUCUUUGAUCACUUUUCAAUUUGAGAGAUAAAUCAUCAGCCUUCAUGCAGAUUUGUAAUUUUAUUUGAUUUCGUCUUCAUGG